GUUGAAACAUUCGGUUCGGUUUAUUUUCACUUUGUUAUAAACUCUGAGGGUACAUAUAUUUGAAAAAAAAAAAAACAACAAAAUAUAAGAAAAGAAAAACAGGGAAGGGGUUGUGCGCAGAAGGAAAUACCGACAAAAAAUUUAAAAUUAGCCAUCCGGAGGCAAAUUUUCACCCGAAAUUUUUCGUUUUGUUAAAACAAUUGCUCGCCUGUUUCUGACGUCGAUAGAUUUUGAUUUUUGAGAUAAAAAAUUCAAUAUUGCAUUUAUAAUUUGUAUUCAAAUAUAAUAAUUAUAUUUUUUGAAAAAUUAAGAAAAAGCCUUUCCCAAUCGUUAAAAAAGAAAAAAAAUCUCGUACUAGAAAGUUGUUCACCCAGUGCCGAUCUAUUUUUAAAAAUCAACUUCGACGUUCAGUUUUUUUUUUGUUGUUUCAUAUAAAAAAAAUUAAAAGUGAAAAAAAAUUAGUUAAAAAGGUGUUUUUUAUUUAAAUUUUCAAAAAAUUGAAAAAAGUUUUUUUUCAUAAAUUAAAAAAAAUAAUAUUCCAAUAGAAGUUACUAAUUUUAAAUUCAAUUGGAAUCUACACGUAAAUGUUACGCAACAGUGUUUCUCCUUUGUGGAUUAUCAGAACACAAUUCUCUAUACCCUGAUAUUUCGAAGAAACACAAAAAAAAAAAAGAAAACAAAACCGUUGCUGUCGUCUUCCAUACAACAUCGACACACAGAGAGAUACACAACAUUUCGACGAACGCAUAAUUUGCAAUUAUUCAUUCAUUAUAUCCAGUGAGCCAACAGCAGCAGUACUGGGGAGGACUGUUUCUUUGGAGAAAACAUUUCAUUUUUGGAGAGAUUUCGAUUGAUUUUUGGAGAGUUUUUUCAAAAUUAAGAAAAAUCUAGCGCCGAAUAUAUUGAUUGAAUAAUUAUUGAGCUGUGGUACCUAUGCAUCAUUUGUAUUCAUCAUCAAAAGGCGAUCAACUCUGCCCAUUAGGUUUUCAUCCACAAGUUCGAUGGCCGACCAGAUGUAAAAGAUGCUUUCGCGAUUACAAGGAGCACGGUGGGAAGAGGGGAGGUGAUGAUGUGGCCGCAUCGUCGCCGAAUUUAUCCGAUGGAUCAAAUGCAAAACCCUCUUCACGAUCUUGGACAUCCACACAAAAUUUGUCAACAAAUGGCAAUGAUGUUGUUGUUCAUUAUAAUAUAGAGCUUAAGAAACGCCCACAAUCAUGGACAUCAACACCGGAUUUGGAUGAAAAAAAUGAAUCCGCUGCCAUGGUUAUACGGCCAGUGGAAAAUAAUGUUGAGACUUCACUGAAAGUUCAAAUACCACCGAGAAGACAUACUACAACAUUGGAUUUAAAAGAGUUGGAAGAAACAGUAACAUUACGGCGACCAUCAUCAUCAUCAGCAUCAUCAUCAUCAUCCACUUCAAAGGAUAUUCCAGACGAAUUAGUCAUCCAGUACAACGACAGCCUCGCUGAGCGAAUGCGUAAAAUGAAUCUACUCAAAAAACAAAAGAGCUUAACACGUGAUUCAAGUCGAGAACGUUCGGUUCCCAAAAAGGAAGAAACUUCAAACAGCCACAAUUCAACAGAAAAUAACACUCCCCCAGAUCGACCAGAACGUCGACAAUCAUCGAGUUCGAGCUCUUCCGCAACAGAUUCACCGAAAAAACCUCCAAGUGCACCAAAAAAAUCUACAAGUUCUACCACCUCCACAUCCACAUCCUCAUCAUCACCCAAAUUACCCUCAUCCACAUCGAUUAACUCGACAACAACAAAAUCUUCAGCAUCAUCUGGAACAUCAACGAACAGUUCCACAUCAAGUCUUUCAUCUAGAUCCUCUGCCAGCAGUAGUAGUGCAGCUGCUAAAAAAGAAUCUGACAAACAAAGGGCCACAAAGGAUGUCGAAUUCAUGCUAAAAAUAAAAGACAACCAAAAAGCUGUCUCGGAGAGAUACAAUGAUAAUGCUUCUCUCACAACAGAAACCACAGAUACAACCAUCAUAGGUACCCACAAUCAAGAGCUACACGAUGAAUUGAGAGCUCUCCGAGCCGAUCUAGAUGCAAUGAGAUCACGAGCCGAAAGAGCUGAAAGAGAUAAAAGUGAUAUUCUGUUGAGAAGAUUAGCUUCUAUAGAUACCGGGCCUAAUAGAACGGCUGCUUCAGAAGCACUUAGUCUCCAACAAAGAGUAAACGAGCUUAAAUCUCAACUCGAAAAGGUUCAAGAUGAAAAAAGAUCCCUUAACACCAGACUGAAGGAAAUCGAAAACGGUCCCAAAAGUGCCGAAUAUGAAAUGAAACGAAAACUUCAAGCUGCCGAACAGCUUUGUGAGGAACUUAUGGAAGAAAAUACCGAAGUGAAACGUGAAUUGCGAGGUCUCGAAGCGGAAAUGGAAGAGAUGCAUGAUAGUUUUCGAGAUACACAAGCUGAAGUUAAUACCACACUGCAGAAACAACUUGAAUCCACAACGAAGAAUUGUAGGAUACUUAGUUUUAAGUUGAAGAAAUGUGAACGUAAGAUUGAAAGUUUGGAACAGGAAAAACAGGCUAGUUGUAAUGAAGAUAUGGCCAAUAAAAUUAAGAAACUUGAAGAAGAAUUGAGAUUUUCCAAUGAACUUUCAAGAAAGUUGCAGAGCGAAGCAGAUGAGCUUCGAAAUCCUGGGAAAAAGAAGCCACCAAUGUUGGGUGUUAUAGGAAAAUCGACUUCAGCUGAUGGAAAGUUUACCCGUGAAUCUUUAACUCGUGGUGGUUCACAUGAGGACCCACAGCAGCUUAUGAGGGACUUGCAGGAUUCUAUUGAAAGAGAGUCAGAUCUUAAGGAUCAAUUGAAGUUCUCUGAACAAGAGAACGAAAGACUUCGCCAACGACGAGGUGUUCUUGGCCGUUUCAAUCAAGGAACUCAAACUGAUGAAGUAGAAGUCUUAUAUUUUCCACGAGGUACACAAACUCGCAAUGAGUCUUGUGAAUCUGGAUUUUCAGAAAUUGCCACUCAGUCAAAUAUCGAAAUGGUUGAUUCGGAAACUUCUACUGAAAUAAUAACACUGAUUGAUGAAGGCAUACAAGUUGAGGAAAUUCAAAUGGAAGAUAAGGAAACAAAUAUCGAUGAAAGUUUCUUGGAAUUGACAACGAAGUCAGUAGGACUGGAAACGAAUGACAUUUCGUUCGAAUCAACAAACGAAACAAAGAUUUUGGAAGAAAUUAUUGUUAAAGUUUCAACUGAAACCCAAACAGAAGAAGUGGCCAAUUUACCACUUGUAAUUAAAAUUUCAACAGAAAGUCAGACCGGAGACGAUUCCGAUAAAAAUACUUCGUUUAAAGAUGUCACUAUUUCACGGGAAAGUAGCCCUUGUGGAAGUUUCAUGUCUUUGGCAUCUUCAGCUAAUAAUUCGUUAUUGUUCCCUUCGGUGAUGUCCCGGGCUUGGUUUGUUGGUGGCGCAGGUCGAAAACUGAGUCCAACACCAAAUCGUUUAACUCCAGAGCCAUUAUCUGAUCGUGAUGAAGGUAUUUCCGACGAAGAUGAUCCAGCUGAGCUACGAAUACUCCUUGAACUUAACGAACAAGAAGCCUCAAUUCUUAGAUUGAAAGUCGAAGAUCUUGAAAAAGAAAACACCGAAACAAAGAAACAAGUAAAAGAACUUCAAUCAAAGUUACAAAGCAAUGAAAGUAGUCGAAAGCUUCCAAGCUUAUUUGGAUCAAAUUCAGCAUCGGACAAGAAGCUUAAAGCUCAAAGUGAUGAGUUGGCAACACUGCGCAAAUCUUUGAUUGAAAAAGAUCGACAAAUCGAAAGACUUCAAGCUGAAAUUUCUGCCAAGACAAAUGGUAAAUCUCAAGAUAUCGAUUCUAAGAGACACUUGGAUCUAGUUGAACAAGAAGCUGCAAUAUUACGUUCAAAACUAACAACUCUAGAAACAGAAAAUGAGAAACUACUCAAAGACAAUAAGAGAAUGCAAUUGCAGGCAUUGCGUAAACCAUCGAUGAAUGGUGCUGACAAGGGAGUGUCUAGUGCUGAAUUGAUAAGUUUGAAGGAGUCAUUGAGUGUGUCGGAAAAAGAACGUGAUGAAUUGAGUACAAAAUUGAAAUUGAUUCUUCAAGAAGCCGAAGAAAAGCUCCCUCAACGAACUCCAAGAAAAGUCACAGACUUAACACCAAAGAACCAUUUGAAGAAAUGGUUUGAAGAGUUGGAGGAGGAAAUUAAAGAAAUGAGAGCAAUAGUACUGAAUAGCAAUGGAGAUAAGGUUCAGAAGCUGGAGACUGAAAAGACAUCACUCGAAAAGGAUUUGAAGGUGGCAAAGGAGCAGUUAGCAGCUGCUGAAAAUGAUUUGAAAAAAAUGAAGGGUUCAUCAAGUCAAUCAUCAAAAAUCUCAGACUUGGAGCAGAAACUUAAGAAAUCCGAUGAAGAAAGUAAAAAAUUAAACACUAAGAUUAAGGAUCUUGAAGACAAGAUUAAGAAACAAGAUACGCAGAUCAAACUAACCGAAGCUGCUAAAACCAACCUCGAAGCUCAAUCAAAGAAAGACAAAGAAAAGCUUUCGAAUCUUGAAAAAGAAUACGAAAAAGAACGUAAAGAGCGAGAAAAAUGGGAAGCCAAGGUCUCACAACUUGAUGAUGAUUUGACAACGUUUAAAAAGUCACAUGACAAAACCAAGACAGCCUUGGAGAAAGAAAUUAAAGACCUUAAGUCUAAAUCGUCAAAUUCGAAGAGCGAACUAGCAUCGUCAAAACAAAUUCAAGAUCUAAAGAAGCAAAUUGAAGAUCUUCAAACUCAAUUGACUUCAGAACAAAAGCGAUAUACUGAGCUGAAUGCUCACUGGGAGACUCUCUCCGAAGAAACCAUUCUCAUGCGAGCUCAACUCUCCACAGAGAAAGAAAAUCUACAAACAGAAUUGAUGUCGACAAAACAACGCCUUCUAGAAAUGGAAUCAAUUCGAACUGAGAAAUCUGAGCUUGCCAAACGACUCAAGGAUCUUCAAAAGAAACUACAAGAUCUUGAGUCGAAGAAUAUCAAAGCUGGUGCUGCUGAAUACGAGAAAACUAUGCUGAAGAACACGAUCGCUGAAAAAGAGCGAGAGUAUGAUCGAUUGAGGCGAGAAAAUGAGAUGAAUAUUGAUCUGGUGUUCCAGCUUCGUAAAGAUAACGAUGAUCUCAAUCAAAAGUUGAGUGACUUUAGCCGAAUUGAACAAGCUCAAUCGUCAAUAAAUGGACACAAUGCUGGUCUGCAAAAUGAAAUCAAAUCAAUGAAGAUCAGACUUGAAAAUGCUGAACUGAAUGCCAAAUCUGAGGUUGCUUCGACCAGACUGCGUUAUGAGCAGCAAGUGAAGAAUUUGAGUGCUGAGCUGACUUCUAUGCAGAGACAAUGUGAACGAUUUAAAAAGGAUCGUGACACAUUCAAGCAGCUUCUUGAAUCAGCUCAAAAGAAGAUAGGAGACCUUAAGGCGAAUACGGGUCGUCAAAGUCGAGGAUCAAUGCACAGCAGUGACGAUGAUGACAAGAGCAAGAUCGCUUAUCUCGAGCAACAGAUUGGUUGCCUUGAAGAUCAACUUUGUGAAGCACGUUUGGAUGUAAGCAAGUUCAAAACCGAACUUGUCUCAGAACGCAGUGCCAAUGAAAUCAAAAUCUCCGAGAUGCGAUCAAAACUCAAUGAAUUCGAAGAAGAACGAGUAAUCGGUUCAGGUCGCACAAAGAUCCCCGGAAUGAAGACCAAAUUAGAAUUGUCAUGGCAGAAAGAACGUGAAGAUCAACAACGUCUUCUGCAAGAGACUUCAACACUAGCCAGAGACUUGCGGCAGACACUCUUUGAAGUGGAGAGAGAGCGUGAUAAGGAACGAUUGGAAUCGAAACGUCGUUCUGAUCAACUUCGUCGAAGCACUGAAGAAGAACUCGAAGAGGGCAGAAAGAAAAUUGCUGAAUUGCAAUGUGAUCUUCUUGAGUUGCGUGAUGUUCACGCCAAGUUAAGAACUUCAAACGAAAAACUUCGUCGUGAAAGGGAACGUUACGAAAAGGAAUUAAUAAAACGACGAAUGGAACAUGAUGGGGGUGAGCGUAAGGUUGGAGCUCUUCUACAAACUGUCGAUGAGUUAGUGAAGAUUGCACCAGAUCUUAAGCUAGCAAGUUCUUCCAACAGUACAUCAUCAGCAACUGGAAAUAGACUUAAGCCCGACGUUGCAUCACGUCAAAGAAGCAGAAGUCCAUCGCCGACAUUAUCGAGUAGUCAAAUAUCGAGCGUUUUAGCUCGAUUGGCAGAGGCAUCAGAGGAACUGAGAAAAUUCCAACGCAUCGGAGAGGAAGAGAACGAACGUAGUAGAUUAAGAAGAAGUAAUUUAAGAAGAGCAGCAUCACAGGAAAAUGAUGCAGCUGGAAAUAGUGGACAAUCCACACCAAGUCGAUCGGGCAGCACGAAACUGUCACGGUCAACGAAUGGAAGUUUGUAUAGGAAGAGUUUGUCAUUGGAUCAUUCGAUACAGCAAGAUCAAGCAAUAUGGCGUCAAGAUGACGGAAGUGUAUCAUCAAUGCAAUCGAUUGACUCUGAAAUGGGUGGAAUGGUUCGAGAUUCCAGUAUGGAUUCGAGAUUAGACUCUCGUUUAUCAGGUGGUUCGACUCAAAGUGACAUCCCACGUGGGCCACGUAAGAAGAAGAAGAGCCUUAUGGGCAAACUGAGGAGCCUUACCAAAUCGAGUAGGAAUUCGGAAAGUGAAAUAUCGGUUCAAGGAUCCGAUUCGGACAUAAGCGUGGCUAGUGACAUGAGAUCGAGUAAAAAAGAUCUUCGUGGACGUUUGUCGGGAAUGUUCCGACGUUCAGGAUCAGCAACACGCAGUGCAAGUGUUGAACGACCACCAUCGAGUAAUCAGCCUCGUCCAGUUGCUGUCACAGUAGUUGGAGAUGAAAACGGACCUGGCCCGCAUAAUCCACCACCGCCAAAUGCUACUACUCCUAAACCAAUUCGAUCGAUUUCUAAACCUCCAACACCAACAACACCAAUUACAAAGCGGAGGACAGCUAAAUGAUGAAUUGCAAGGAUGGCGGGACUUAAUUAAAUAUGACUAAAUAAAAAAAAAAAAAUAUUUCUUGUAUUAUUCCUUUUUCCAUUUUUUUUUUAAUUUAAU